GGAAAAUGCCAUUAGGAUAUGCUUGCUUAGUGCACACCAAGUCCAUCAAUUAUAGUCGCUACGGUUGAAAUUGGGAAAUUCUAUGGUCAUAAAUUAUGAGGGAAAAGAGUAAUCAUUGGGUUACAUCUAUUAUGAUACUAGGAGUGAGUUUACUUCUCCAUGUUGCCAGCAUCUUAGCUCUGAUGCCAUUGUGAUAUGCAGAGAACCACAAGAGUGUAAUUUACCCCUGAGCAACUUCAUGGAUCAUUGAGCAGUCUCUGAUAAUUUACUAUAGCCUCGUUUAUAACUCUCAAGGAUGCUAAAUCUAUUCUGCACAGUAGAACGGCUACUUAAAAUAUCUACUUCUAACUUAUUCUCUUAAUUUCUUUUAGUUGUGCUCUCAUUCUCUAUUUCCCACGUACUAUCUUCCUUUUAAGGAACAUUAAGCUGCAGUCUGCUUCAUUACCAAUUGGGCGAUAACAUCAGGAUUUGAUUUUGCAGAACCCUCGCAAGAAUGCUCACAAGGUUACUUUCCAGCAGACUCCAGUCUCUUAGGCUCUUUUCAUCGGAAACUCCUCGUGUACUAAAACCUGGGGAUGUCUUGAGGCAGACAAGGAUUUUUACUGAUGAAGAUGUCCUUCAAUACUCGAAGGUGAGUCAUGAUUCUAAUCCUCUGCAUUUUGAUUCGGAAGCUGCCCGAAAUGUUGGAUUUGAAGGUCGACUAGUGCAUGGGAUGCUCGUUGCUUCUCUCUUUCCUCAUAUCAUCUCGUCACAUUUUCCUGGAGCUGUAUAUGUAUCUCAAAGCUUGAAUUUUAAGUUCCCGGUCUAUAUUGGAGAUCAGAUUAUCAGUGAAGUACAAGCAACUAAUCUAAGAGUAAAUAAAAAUCGAUAUCUUGCAAAAUUUAAGACGAGUAGCUUCAAGAGGCGAAUUCUUGUUCUUGAAGGUGAGGCUGUGGCUAUUCUACAAACCUUGACUAUGGAAGAUGGUCAUUGCAAGGAGCAGUGAAACCUAUUCAUUAGUCUAACUUGUUUCCCAGAGAUGCCUUGUUUGAGCAGAAAGAUUAUGGUUUAUGAGACUUUUUUUUUGAGUUCUACUGAUGAACUUGCAAACAUUAGAGGUUGUACUUUUGAUUGCCUUGAUAAACUCUUAAAACACAAGAAUUGAAAGGUCAA